UAACGUCCACCAGCCAAUCUGAACCUGGGGACGAGGUUAAUGAAUCCCCAACAAAGUCAAGUCUCUGGUCACAGUUCAGGAAAGGAACCGGGGCUUCGUUUGGGUUAAGAAACCAAGCUGAAAAGGAUAGUAAAACCAGCCUCAUUAGAUCGGAAUAUAUGACUUCUUAAUAUGACUUCUUCGAAAGUACAUCAACACUGACAGACGUCUGGCAGGUCGUUCAAGGAACAACCCUGGAAGACUGAAGGGAGUUGUGUCGUGUACUGUAAGUGGAAGACCCACCAUCUCACUAUCAUUCGGAGGAAGCAGCGAUCCACAGGGAGGACUUAUGAUGUGGCCAACAAGGAGAACGAAAUGGCCUGUGUGCAGAGCAUGUAAGAGAUCGUCUACAUGGACCCAUGGGAGUUUCCACCCACUGCCCAUCAUACUAACAAGACUGACGAGGCUGGUUCAAAAGACAAUGACUACUUCACAGAGGUGUGAAAUAUCAGUAGUCUGUUUGCCUGAAGGGUUGAUUGUCUCGUCAUCGUGAUAUGCUUGGUGUCACAAAUAUUUGAAUGUAUUCCACCUCCGGUGUUCUGCUUUCCACAAUACAAAGCUGCUCUUUGGAAGAAAUCUGAGACUAAAUCUAGCCUUGACCCUGUGACGAAGAAAUGUUGGAGAACUGCUUACAUAUUUUUUAAGGAUCAAAGACACUUGUAAGUAAUAACAAAAAAGUAUAUUUCGAAUGUUUUUUUCCUGGUAAAAAAAAACAAUGAUUACAAUGGACGUUUAAUGCCAUUUCUGUAUUAUUUAUCUAAUCUUUCCCCGAUAGUCUUGACGAUGAGUCAGAGUCAUCCAGUGUUUCCAUUGGCUGUUGUGUUGACCUUUUCCCGUAGAUAGACCAUACAUAGUUCAAGAGAAAAUAGCCUAAUUAAUGGAAAAAGCAUCUAAUCAAACAAUUACAUUAUUUUCAAUCAACUCUGCAACUCUUCCAACAUUUACAUUUUUCCAAACUGCCACCAGUUUGAUACCAAAACAGUUCCUAGUUAUAUACCCUCCUUUUGCAACACUAUUUAAAAUACAUGAUCACUUGAACAUAAGUACAAAUAGUCUUUGUGAUGUAUGUGACAUUCGUUCCUGUUUUUCAGGCUAUAGACUCUUACCUGUUUCAGUUGCCAUGCUUGCAAUGGUGGCCCAUGUCAAGCUCAAGUCCUGAUGACUUUGUUUCCAAAUUCCCAUUGUGAAACAACUCACAAGAACCAAAUGGACUUGUGACUCAAUGAACAGCACUACUUGAAGUGUUAUGCUUGGAAAAACAUAACCUAGUUCAUUUGAGGGCUGCUAAAGAGUGUCUAUCUGACUCGGAGAGACACUCCAGACAAUGAUUGUGCCUAAUUCUUGUUAAUGGCACAGAGCAGUCAAACAGGAUUUCCCUGUGUUUUAUAUACUGUAUAUUUCCACGCUAUGAGGUUGGAAUAAUAAUGUGAAAUUGUGGAAAUUAUAAUAAUUCCCUUCUAGUGUAAGAGCUGUUUGAAAGGACUGACAUUUCUGACUUUCAGUGGUAUGGGGUUUUGGUCUUCCAUGGUACUAUCACCAUGCGGUACAUUAGUUAAUAGACCAAUGAGAAAGAGAAUUCCAAACAUCUCUGCCAAUGACAGCUAAUUUCCACUCCAACCACUCCCAGAAAGUCCUAGCAAAGUUCUUGAUGAAAGCAAUUGCUCUUUGCUAAGAAGCUAUUUUUGUUUCUUUUUGACCAUUUUAAUUGAAAACAAUCACAGUAAAAGUACUUAGUUGUUACCCAGAAGUGAUUUGAUAUUGAGCUAAAAAUGGCUGCAUUGGAUCUUUAAAGCCUUAUCAUUGAAUUAGAAUUUGAUAUGACCACAAUGCCAUCAUGAUUUCAUCUCAACGGCACAACAUUGAUCCAAAGGAUGAAAGCGCAUAGAACUGUCUGGUUACAGUAGUGAACCAUUUGAAGUUGUAUUUAGUUCAUUAAAAUGGUACUUAAACUUGUUUUAUUGAAAACAAAUAAAUGGUGAAUAGUCUGGGUAGCCACUUGACUAGAUGGUCAGGAGUCUUAUGGCUUGGGCGUAGAAGCUGUUUUAGAAGCCUCUUGGACCUGGCGCUCCGGUUAAUAGCAACCGCCACUGCUGAAGGUUUCAUUUUUGUUUAGUCAGGCUAUUGAAAUAUUCCAAGCCCUAGUUAGAGCCCAUAACAAGGACCCAGAGUAUAAAUAAUGCCUGGAGUUUUUCUUGGUCAGGUCACAUGUUAGAAAAUAUUCCUGGCCUUAUUCAUAAGGUACAUCUACAGUAUGUGUUGUGUUAGUGCACAGGUCCUCCAGACAUAGUUUAAAUUCACUGUUUGAAUCAUCAUGAAGAUAAGUUGUUUAGGCCUUAUCAUUUAUGGUGCUUUGUUUAUGACUCUCUUUGUAUAUGAAAACAAAUUGCUGUAAAAUACCUCUUUGCAUAACAGGGACAUGGUGAUACAGUAUUUGUGAGGAUGGGGGAACACAUUUAGGGGAUGCCAGUUUUAAAAGUUGUCUUGUUUGUUGUUCUACUUGAUCAGCUAAAACAAACUGACAUUGCAACACCAAGACAAAGGUUACAAUCGCUUCUUCCCAGCAGUGGAGGAAGUGUUCAGAAGGUGAGAUAUUAGGCAACCAUCCCACUUGACACAGAUACGUUGAAGGUUGCUUUAACCCAUGGUGUUUCCUAUUGUGACGUGAAGCUGAGGCUGAAGUCCAGUCGUGACUGGCCUGUAGAGGCUGUGUGGAAGGGACUGCACCUCAGUGGACUGGUUGGCAGUCUGGGUGGCCUUGUUUGUUCUCUCUCUCUCUCUCUCUCUCUCUCCUCCCCCCAUAUAGUGCUAUCAAAGUACAAUGUGUGUAUAACGGUUUAUGGUCACAGAGCGCAGCACACAAACACACACAGUGGAACAGUAGCAGUGAAGGAAGUUCCCGUUAGAAGAUGCAGAGUUUUGGGACAUGGACAGUAGCAGCAGCACUGGUGAUCAGUCUGAUGGGAGUACACACUAAACACCUGGUAGCUGAGAACACCCAUCUCCUGACCUCUGAAGAGCACGAAAUGGUCCUCAACCAGGGAAUGAAAGAGUACCCCAGGGACUGCUAUGAGAUGUUGAUGGGUUCAGGGGGUCAGGCCAGAGAUGGAGUGUACUUGAUUCAGCCAGCUGACUACCCCAUCCUGGCCUACUGCGCCAUGCAAGAUGGUGGUUGGACUGUAGUACAGCACAUCACGGUUAACAGCAGCGUGGACUUCGACCGCACCUGGGUCGAAUACAAGCAGGGUUUUGGGUUGCUGAAUGGUGACCACUGGCUGGGGAACGAACACCUCCACCAUCUCACCCGAGGGCCAGGACGCUACAAGCUGGGGGUCAAGCUGGUGGACAAAGAUGCCGUCGCCAAGAUUGGCGAGUAUGACCCUUUCAUGGUGGAGGACGAGCGGUCUGGGUUCAGGCUGCGUCUUGGUCUGUUCCAGGGCUCUGCCUUAGACGCUCUCACCCAGGACACAGAGAACUACCUGCAUGACAACCAGAGGUUUACCACCAAGGACCGAGACAAUGACAACUACUUCCAAAACUGUGCUAAGCUGGAGUUCCAGGGUGUGGCGGGAGGGGGCUGGUGGUACGACGCCUGUGCUGGGGCCAACCUCAACCGCAGGAACGUGAUCUACUGGCAGAAGGACUGCAACAAAGAGCACCUGUGUAAAUACGCCUGGAUGAUGGUAAAGCCCUCAGACACAGUAAAGGUGGUCCACACUGGGGACUGUAAGAAGGAUGAACUGUGAGUCUGUUGUCUGGAGAUUAGGUUGAUCCAUGCCAUCUGUGGUUAUUCUAACGCAGUGCUUCUCAAAACAUUGUUUACGUAAUAGAGACAAUAGUUCAACACAUUUAAUUCAGAAAUACAUAGAGACAUAUGAUCACAAAAUGCUGUAAAGGAAACAGUUCAGUAUCAACUGAUUCGUCACGCAUUUGUUUUAAGUCAUAAAAAAAAGCUAUAGUUAUUUUGGGGUCUUCAUACAUUUAAAUCUCCCCCUCUACCUUUCCCCCAGAACUGUAUGUCUAAAUGAUCAGAGACCACAUUUUGUGGUCAUUAUAUCAUAGCUUAUUACACACGUAAAACCACUUUUGCUGUAUUUAUUUACUCACCUAAUAUCACUGAACGAAUGUGUUGGUUGUUGGCACAAAAAACAAGAUAUACUGGAUCAAAAUAAGAUUCAAUCCAGUAAGUUUACAGUAGAUUUUCUGAUGACACACUUGAUUAAAUAACUCGAUUUGAACGUUUUUGGAUUGUUCUGGUCAAUUGAAAUUCUGUAAAUGUAAUGUCUAGCAAUGGGGACAUGAGAAUUAUACAGUACAGAAUGACCAAAACAAAAGCCUGUCUCCUGAGUACAGACAGAUGUUAAACACAUUCUAAUGAAUACAGGACACAGAACAGUGCAUGAAUCAAAGCCUACGGUCUCCCACUCAGUAUGGAUGUAAAUGUUGAGGGCUGUCACUGUACUGGGUGACUUAUAGUGACCCUGGACAGAUUAAAUCACUCCCUGAUAUGAUCCCAUGCUUAGGCCUGAACUGAACCCACUCUGAUUGAUUAAAGGCUAAUCCUUAUCUGACAAGUCAUUUGUCAGGUGUAUACUUUAUGCGGAAGUGUCCCAUAAACUAUUGCAUGAAAUCACAUGUUUUACACAGUUUAUGUGCAGAUUAAAGCUGCUGAGUUGAGAGUAAGACUAAUCGUUAAAUAGAAUUUGAUAUCGCAAACUCAGCAUUUACUUUAAUCAAAUCUCUUCCCCUCUGUUUCUGUGGUGUCUGGAUUCAUUUGGAUUGAGGGAUGAAUACAUUUGUACUGUAUAUGUGUUUGUGCUUGUGUAUUGGUGGAAAGAUUGGCUGUUGAAUGUUUGAUUAUUAGUAUCUGACAAAAGUCAAUGGUACAUGUGAACAAGGCUUUGAUGAUCAGAGUGUACAAUCAUUUGUUAUCCAGCUCACUCUGAAAUCAAGUCAAGAACUGUGAUAGCCCUUAAAAUAAACACAAUGUAGUCUAACAUAAUGCCUAGAAAACAUUCAGAACAUGUUUUUCUAUUAAAUAUCUCUAACUUUU